GGGUUUCAAUUUCUGAUAUAAAAAUGCAAUCUUUUAGGAAACCCUUUAUCAUAUUCUUCAUAUUUUGAUAGGAUGAAUAAGAAAGUAUGAAUUUUGUGGGGAAAUAGAUAAAAGUGAUGGAGAAAUAUAAUUCACAAUCUCCAUAUCCAUAUGGGACUCCCUAUGUAUAUCCUCCUGUUCCACCUGCAAAUCAGCCAUAUCCUCCUCCUCAAAGCUCUGGGGCUUAUUCUCCAUAUCCUUAUCCUCAAUUCCAUUACUAUCCAUACUCUUACCCCACUCCACAACAUUCUGCCGGUUUUAACUAUGCAUACCCACCCAGAAUUCCAACUACUCCACAAGCAUCAUCUAAUAGUGGAUACCAGCAGGCCGCUCUCGAAUAUGGAUAUCCUACACCACCACCACAAUCUCACCACCCUGGUGUUGUUCCUUAUCCAUACAGCUCAUACUAUAUGUAUCGCCCGCCAACUCCUCCUCCAAGUUCUUCCCCUCAGCCUAGUCUUCAACAUCAGGGCAGUUUCAAGUAUGGUUCUUCAUCCCCUCAGCCUACCCUUCAAAAUCAGGCCAGUUUCAAGUAUGGUCCUUCGACCCCUCAGCCUACCCUUCAAAAUCAGAGCAGUUUCAAGUAUGGUCCUUCAACCCCUCAGCGUACCCUUCAAAAUCAGAGCAGUUUCAAGUAUGGUCCUUCAACCCCUCAGCGUACCCUUCAAAAUCAAAGCAGUUUCAAGUAUGGUCCUUCAACCCCUCAGCCUACCCUUCAAAAUCAAAGCAGUUUCAAGUAUGGUUCAUCAUCCCCACAGCCUAGUCUUCAACAACAAGCCAGUUUCAAGUAUGGUUCAUCAACCCCUCAGCCUAGUCUUCAACAACAGUGCAGUUUCAAGUAUGGUCCAUCAACCCCUCAGUCUACCCUUCAAAACCAGCAGGGCCAUCAUUUUCAACAACCUGUGCCUCAGCAGCAGGCAUUGCAGGGCCAGCCAAUGAGAGGCAAUGAGUUUCGCGGCCUCCAGAGACAACAUAGUACACUGUCUACUUGUAGUUCUGUGUCAAAUUAUGAUCAUGGCAUAGACAGCACCUCUGCUAGCUCUUCUGCUAAUCCAUCAAUGGAUGAUCUGACAAAUAUGCACCUGUCUGAUAAUCGCCCUCCUGGACCCGGGCCUUAUGCUUCACCAGGAACCAUAUAUGCAUAUCCUAAUUCAUCUUUUUCAAGAUUGGAGUCAUCUUCUGUAUCGCGAGCUGAAUCCACAUCUCAUCAUCGCCCUUCCUACUCAAACACAUUUGUGGAAACUGGAUACAAUAAGAGUCUGCAGCUUAUGCCAUUCACACCUAAAGGCGCUCCUAAAGUCUUGCUCAUACAUGGGAACUUGGGUAUUUGGGUAUACGAGGCGAAAAACCUUCCAAACAUGGACUUGUUCCAUAAAACCAUAGGGGACAUGUUUAACAAACUACCAGGGAACAUGAGCACCAAGAUUGAAGGACACAUGAACAGGAAGAUCACAAGUGAUCCCUAUGUCACAAUUACAUUAUCAGGUGCAACAGUAGGGCGGACCUACGUGAUAAGCAACGAUGAAAAUCCUACAUGGAUGCAGCAUUUUAAGGUGCCUGUUGCACAUCAUGCUGCUGAAGUGCUCUUCAUCGUGAAGGACAACGAUGUGGUAGGAUCCCAGCUAAUAGGCACAGUGGCAAUUCCAGUGGAAAACAUAUAUGGAGGGGGGAAAGUCGAGGGAUUCUUUCCUAUCCUCACGAGUAAUGGGAAGCCAUGCAAGACUGGAGCUGUUUUGAGUCUCUCUAUCCAGUAUACUCCAAUGGAGCAGCUAAGCAUUUACCACUAUGGAGUUGGAGCAGGCCCCGAAUACACUGGGGUUCCCGGGACGUAUUUUCCACUGAGAAAGGGUGGAACAGUUACCCUUUACCAGGAUGCACAUGUACCUGAUGGAGGCCUUCCAAAUCUGAAACUCGAAUGUGGGAUGCAGUAUGUGCAUGGUAAGUGCUGGCACGAUAUCUUCAAUGCACUGCGAAAUGCCCGGAGGUUGAUCUAUAUCACUGGAUGGUCAGUGUGGCAUAAAGUCAAACUCGUACGAGAUGAUUCUUCUGCAGAAGGCUGUACUUUGGGAGAGCUUCUCAAGUCAAAAUCACAGGAAGGAGUGAGGGUGUUGCUUCUUAUUUGGGAUGAUCCCACCUCAAGAAAGAUUCUUGGAUAUAAAACAGAUGGAGUGAUGGCAACCCAUGAUGAAGAAACUCGACGCUUUUUUAAACACUCUUCUGUUCAUGUUCUUCUGUGUCCCCGUGUGGCAGGAAAGCGCCACAGUUGGAUGAAACAAAGGGAGGUUGGAGUAAUUUAUACUCAUCAUCAGAAAACUGUGAUUGUGGAUACUGAAGCUGCGAAUAAUAGAAGAAGCAUUACUGCAUUUGUUGGAGGGCUUGACUUGUGUGAUGGCAGAUAUGACACUCCUGGACAUCCAAUAUUUAGAACUCUGCAGACUGUGCAUGCAGCAGACUAUCAUAAUCCAACAUUUGCAGGGAAUGUGAGUGGUUGUCCAAGAGAACCAUGGCAUGACAUGCACUGUAAAAUCGUUGGUCCAGCAGCGUAUGACAUUCUGACCAAUUUUGAGGAGCGUUGGCUCAAGGCUGCUAAGCCCCGCGGCAUUAAAAAACUGAAAAAGUCAUACGAUGAUGCGUUGCUUAGACUGGACAGAAUGCCUGAAAUUCUUGGUGUUUCUGAUGCUCCAUCCAUUAAUGCAGCUGAUCCCGAAGGCUGGCAUGUGCAGGUAAGGUCUGAGAGAGAGAGAGAUUUAAGUGCAAGUUUUAACGUUGAGGGCACCAGUUUUUUGCAUCCUUUUUUUGUCAUUCUGAUGCAGAUCUUCCGCUCCAUUGACUCAAACUCGGUUAAAGGCUUUCCUAAGGACCCUAAACGCGCCACAAUGAAGCAGAACCUAGUGUGUGGCAAGAAUCUCCUGAUUGACAUGAGCAUACACACAGCAUAUGUGAAGGCGAUUCGUUCUGCACAGCAUUACAUCUACAUUGAAAACCAAUACUUCAUUGGUUCCUCGUACAACUGGAGUCAAUACAAAGAUGUUGGUGCCAACAACCUGAUACCAUUUGAAAUCGCGCUGAAAAUUGCUGCCAAGAUAAGAGCACAUGAGAGGUUUGCAGCAUACAUUAUCAUCCCAAUGUGGCCCGAGGGGAAUCCAACCGGUGCUGCUACACAGAGGAUUCUGUUCUGGCAGCAUAAGACAAUGCAAAUGAUGUAUGAGACUAUUUACAAGGCUUUAGCGGAGGUUGGGCUUGAAGAUGCAUUUUCACCCCAAGAUUACUUGAACUUCUAUUGUCUUGGAAACCGCGAGGCCCUGAGCGAGAGUGAUGCAUCAAGUAAUGACACUAAUUGGCCCGCUAAUAGCCCGCAGGCACUGAGCCGGAAAAACCGGAGGUUCAUGAUUUAUGUGCAUUCCAAAGGCAUGAUUGUGGACGAUGAGAAUGUGAUCAUAGGAUCUGCAAACAUCAACCAGCGAUCCUUGGAAGGAACAAGAGACACAGAGAUCGCAAUGGGAGCUUACCAACCUAAUUACACCUGGGCAAGAAAACGAUCAAACCCCCAAGGACAGAUUUAUGGCUACAGAAUGUCCCUGUGGGCCGAGCAUCUGGGAGUCGUGGAGGACUGUUUCAAGCGGCCCGAGUCUUUGGAAUGCGUUAGACGUGUCAGAUCAAUGGGAGAAGCCAACUGGCACCAAUUUGCAGCUGAUGAAGUAACAGAAAUGAGAGGGCACCUGUUGAAGUAUCCGGUCGACGUGGACCGGAAGGGCAAGGUGAAGCCUCUUUCUGGGUGUCCAAUCUUCCCAGAUGUUGGAGGCAACAUAGUUGGAUCAUUUCUUGCCAUUCAAGAAAAUCUCACCAUCUAAUGUUUCAUGUUUCUGUUCUCAUGUUCUGCUAAAACUUCACAAACACAAAAAGAUGACAGUUGUAGGGAAUGCAGUUUUGUUUUAGUUUAUUUCUGCAGAUAGAUAAUGUACAGAGAAGAAUGAAUUUGGUUCAAAUUGUACAACUCUUUACCAAUCACCAUUAAUGUACAUUUCAGAAUUCAGAGAA